CAUAAUUUGCGCAGGCGUUCCAGAAAUGUAAUUUUCAGUGAAGCCGAUAAUGACAAUUUUUAACGUAUUGUCAGAUCUCCACAUUUUUGAGCUUUUGUCAUAAUUUAGAAAAAGUGAGAAGUGUUUUGAUAACACCGAUAAUUACCAGAAUCUAUUAUUUAAAUAAUAGUUUAUGUGUGGUAUUAGAACACAGUGCUCAUUUUUUAAUCCACUUCUUUUGUUUGGAGUUGUUCACCUGGGUUUCCCUCCAAAUAAUUAUCCUACACUUUUCUUAAACGUGCAGAAUGCCAUUGCUCAAGAAGAAGGUAUUCGAAAAGACUUCACCUGAAGAGUUUCUCAGAGAUGACGAGGAAGUUUUUUAUUGUGAAGUGACAAAUGAAAUUUUUCGUAAUUAUGAGGAAUAUGCUGAACGAAUGCUUCUCUGCACAUCAAUGGUUUGGACUUGUGCCAUGACAGGAAAGUCUAACCUCACAUAUGAAGAAGCUUUAGAAAGUGAAGAAAAUGCCAGAAGAAGUAUUAAUGAGUUUCCUGUUGAUCUUAGAAUACCAGUUUUGUAUGUUGCUACUAAGACAAAACGAACUGGAUUUGGAGAAAUGGCAGAAGAUGUCUUCUCAUAUUGUAAAGAUAGAUUUUUUAUUGGGGAAAAAUUGGAAUGUUCUUUUACUGGCAAUAAAUGGGUAGAAUCUCAUGUACUCCAGGUGAUACCUCCCAAUGAAGAAGAAGUCAAAAAAGUAAUUCCACAGAAUGGAAACACAGGAGAAGUUUCUAUACCCAUAUUGAUGUAUAAAUAUGAAAUUGAGCAUCUAGAUGCAGAUGAUGAAGAUAUAAGUGAAAUAAUGAUAGUCGACCACAAUCAAAUUAGAAGAAAAAAAGCUAGUUUUAAUAAAGAAAAAUGUAAACUUUUUUUGAAACAGUAUGUUCAGCAAGACUCCAAUAUGCAUUGGAUAAUAAAGCCGUCGGCUAUAAAAGAAUUUGGUCUCGAUAAAAUCGAUUUUGAAAAAAUUUUUAGUGGUCGAGAACCAGUUUUUGAUCCUUCCAAAAAGUAUGAAAAGAAAUUGGAAAUGGUUAAUGGGAAAAAAACUCGUCAAGAAACUUUGGCAAAGUAUCUAACAAAACUCAAUGAGCCGGCCAAAAUGAAUGGCACAUCUACAAGCACCAAAAAAAAUAAGGAGAAUGAAGCCAAAAGUGCCCAAUUUUUGGAAGAAAUGGAGAGAAAAAAAGAAGAAUAUCAGAAAAUGAAACAGCAAAAAGAAGAAGAGCAAAAAUUAGUUGCUGCUCAAUUGAAGAAUUGGAACCAAGUGAAAGAGGACUUGGAACUUGAAGAUCAACAGCGUUUGCCAGACAUUCCAGAAUUAAUAUCUUCAAAAAUACCAGAAAAGCAUAUUGGAGAUGUAUUGAUGCUGAUGGAAUUCAUAAAGUUAUUUGAAUCUUCCUUAAAACCUAGAAAAUUCAUCCAAGGUAAACUUUCAUUCGAAUUAAUGGAGAGGGCACUUCUGGAAAAAGAGGUAGCUGGCCCACUUAUUGAUAUAGUCCAGAUGUUUCUUUCCGCACUUUUACACGAACAAGGAGAAGAGAAGAAUGAAUAUAGCCUAAUUCCACCAAAAGCUACAUUAUUGAGAUAUAUUGAUGUGAACAAUAUGUCCCUAGAGGAUGCAACAAGAUUUGCUACACUAGCAUCUCAUUGGCCAAAGAAAUGCCAAGGGUUGUACUUGCGAGAAUUGCCUUUGUAUUCUUUAACAGUUUCAGAAGUAUUACGUUUGCACCUACUUUCAUCAGGAACUAAACUUCAAGAAUCUGGAGAGAAGAAAAGAUAUUACUUGAGAGGGGGUUAUUCUAGUAGUGAUGAUCCAGGUCUUCAUUUGAGAUUAUCUAAACCAUAUAUAAUAAAAACAUUAGCAGUUAAAAAUGUGACUCAACUGAAAUUAAAAGAUAAAAUUGAUAUCAUGUCUUGUCUGAUGUACCAACUUCUUACAUAUCCUAACUAUCGUGAUUCAGUGGAAGAUAGAAGAGAGAAGUAUCAACAAACUAAGAUGAAAGUGAAGGCUUUAGAAAGGGACCAAAAGAAACGCGAAAAUGAAUUUAAUUCGUCCAUGUAUCAGUUGAAGAGAAGGAUGAAGAAAGAAGUUGAUGUUGAAAAAGAAAUUGCAGAACUUACUAAGGUUGAUACCAAACGAAAAUUACAGAUCGAUACAGACCUUGAAGAAAACAGGAAAUAUGUAUAUGAUGGUGAAACAUUCUUAGGAAUGGAUAGGGCAUUUAGAAAGUAUUAUAAAUUAGAAUCAAUUCCUGGAGUUUUUAUAGAAAGCACAGAAGAUAAUCCUGGGGUAUGUCUUUCUGAACCUGUAAAGCAGAUUCCUGAAUUGGUGAACGCUGAUAAGAAAGCAAUCAUGAAAUAUCUGGAGAAAAACAUUCAAGCCUUGAAACAGAAACCUAAAGAAGUUGUUGAUAAUGAACAACCGUCAACAAAUGGAAUUAAAGAAGAUUCUGAAAAUUUGGAUUCAUCUAAAAUGAACGGAGUGAAUGGACAUGACGAUAAUGCUAACUCGACUGAUGCCUUCUUGAUGUGUUCUGGUGAUAAGAGCUGUAAAAUACAUUCCGAUGAUAGAGAAAAUUGCAAGUGGAGGCUUUUACCAGAAGUUGAAUCUUUAGAUGAACUGAUGUCAGCUUUGAACAAAAGGGGUAUCAGAGAGGGAGAAUUAUUAGAAGCCCUACAAAUGGAUAAAGAACAACUGCAAGAUUUAAUCCUGAAAACGCCUGGUAAUUUCUGGGGCAAGGAGGAGGAUACUGAAACUCAGGUGCCCAGCAAAGGAGGUAGUAUUUCUAAUAAAAAACCAUAUAUUGAAGCCAAUUUUGGGUUCCCACCUGGAACUUCGAUAGAUGAAAUUUUGCAGAACACAUUAACAGAUGAAAUUUUGGAGCUUGAAGAAAAAAUAUACACAGGUGGUUUGGGCCAGUUGCGAGUUAAGGACAGGGAAGAAUGGAGGCGUGCUUUGUCUAAUAAGGAUUAUAAUAAUUUUGAUCGUGAUAUUGACAGGAGGGUAUGUUAUGAAAAGGAGGUUGAACCUGUUGAUAAGGAUGAAGAAGAUCCAUCCGAAGAAGCAUGUGAAGUCAAAAAGAGAUUUGGUAACCAAGAUCCAGGAGCCUUUUUAGGACCUUCGAAGAUCUGUGACCCUGAUUCUGAAAAUGAGGACACAGAAGGCCAGAAUAAUGAUAUCAAAGAAGCAGUACAAUGUCUAGCAAUAGCAUUAGCCCAGGUGGCAAACUCUAUAGAACCUAAAUUUUUGGAAAAACCUUUAGGUAAUUCUGAUGCCAGAAAGUUGGCAACUUUUGUUCCAUCCAAUAAUCUAAUAGCAAAAUGGGAAGGUUCUUUGUUGUCCUCUACAAGUUUCAGUCAAAUUUUUCUGCACUAUAGUACUUUAGAUGCGUCAAUCAUGUGGAAGAGAUCAACAAAUCAAGCAAGAUGUAGAUGUAAUAGAUCAGGCGAUUCAGAAAAUAUGUUAUUGUGUGACAACUGCAAUAGAGGAUUCCAUUUAUAUUGUCUUAAGCCAAAAUUGGAGAAAGUUCCAAGUGGUGAAUGGUUCUGUGAUAUUUGUGAAGCAGUACGAGAGAAAAAUGAUAAACACAUGUAUUCUGAGGUGCUUCCAAAGAAAAAAAGAUUGUUCAGGGAAAAGAAAGAAGAAAACGAAGAUGAGGAAUUACCAGAUGGAGAUUCAAAUAUGGAGUUUAAGAGCGAUAUGACCAAAGUAGAACUCUGUGGUACCUGUAAUAGUGGAGGAAUUUUGAUAACAUGUGAAAGUUGUGAUAUAUCUUAUCAUAAAGAAUGUGUUGAUCCACCUCUAACAAGAGCAAAACAAAAUUGGGUUUGCAAUAAAUGCAAAGACAAUUCUACAGACUAUCAAGAAGAACCUAAAAAACAGAAUAACAAUGACAGAGGCAGUAGACGAACCAGAAGAAGUGAUAGAGAUUUGAAGAAAUAUGUAGAAAAUGAAGAAAACUCAUCUGACUCUGACAACUAUCCCUUGGUUCGAGCACAUCGUGCUGUAGCCAUUAUAAAUAAUGAAAGGCGGAGUGCUGCUAAGGCUCGCCACACCAUUUCCAAUUUUGUCAAAUCGCUACGUCGGUUUUCACCCCCCAAUGAUGAUUCAGAUUCAGGGGAUUCAUCAAAAAAUCUUUCAAAACGAAAAAGAUCCUUCAGGCGAGAAAGCGGAAGGGAUGAUUUACCACUUCAUAAUGCCGCCCUUCAAGAUUUGUUACAAGAAGUUAUGAAACAUCCAGAUGCUUGGCCAUUCUUGAGGCCCGUUAAAAACUAUGAGGUUCCUGAUUACCAUGAUUUAAUUAGCCAUCCAAUGGACUUUGGAACUAUAAAAUAUAAAUUGAAUAUGGGAGAAUAUCAUACAGAUUCACAAGUGAUGAAUGAUGCUGCUUUAGUGUUCCAAAAUUGUAAUACAUAUAAUGAAGCUGAUUCUGAAAUUCACAGAUGUGGAGCAAAAUUACUGAAAUCUUUUAGGAGUAAAUGUGAAGAAUUAGGCUUAGAAAUCCCUAGUAAGUUAGCAGAGGAAGAAACAUCAGAAAGGAAAAGGCGUAGAAAAUUAUAUUAAUUUAUACUCUUUUAUUAAUUUAUGACUUUUUUUUGAUUGAGAGAUCAUGAAACAGAACACAAACUUACUUUUUUAUCUUUAUUAUAUGUUUUACAAAAACCCGCACGUAGAAUGUAUAUUUAUGAAAUAGAUAAUUAAUUUUUUAAA